AUGUCAAUUCUUAGUACAGCAGUUGAUAAAUUAUUACAUGAUUCUGGUGGUAUUGAUCAAAUCGAUAAUAUAAUCAAGUCAAGAAAAGUAUCUUCAAAUGGCGGUUCUGAUCAAAUUGAUUUACCAUUAGAUACUAGUCCACUUUUAGAAAGCGUUAAAGAUGAAGAACAUUUACUAAAUUUAAAUUCAAAUGGAACAACAACAAUUAAAAAGAAUCAUACUUUCCCAAUUAAGCAUUUUCGUGAUGAAGUAGAUGAUGAUAUUAUUGAUUUACAAGAUAUUGAAAGAUCUGUUUUUGGCUCACAUGUAAUUGAAAUUAAUUUUCCAAAUUCAAAUGUUCAUAGUCAUUCUGCUGCACCAACUGAUGAAUUUGAAGAAAUUGCUCCAUUAAGAUCAUCAUUAAUUAAAGAGCUUGAAAGUCCACCAAAUACAACAAUUUACGGAAGAUCAACCAAAUCAAUUAAAAAAAUUGAGGUAGGGCCACAAGUUCAAACAAUUUCACAAUCAAUUUUGUCACCUAGUCAAAAUGAUUCAUCGCAAGUUAAAUCACAAAAUGGAUCAUUUCCACCAUCAUCAUCAACUAAAUCUUUACGAAAUGGGUCUGGCGCAUUUGAAAAAUUAUCAAUUAAUGAUGAAAAUAAAUCGAAUCCAGUCAGUGAAACAUUACAAAUGGAACCAAGUUUAAAAGACUAUAAGUUGCUCAAUAAUAAUGGUGAUGUUAAGGAUGAUUCAGUUUCAAUUCCAGGAACGCCCCUUUUAAACAAUAAUUCAAAUGAUUCUUCAAAACUUUUGAUUGAAAAUUCAUGGAUUUUACAAGAUUACGAACAGUUUUUUGGUAAUGAUAAUUUUCAAAAGGAAAUCAAUUUUUGUAAAUCAUUAAGAUUUGUUGACGAAUCAAAUAGACAAAAAUUACCAGAGAAUAAUCAAUCAAUAAUUUACAUUUCAACAAGAAUUAUAAAUACAAAUAAAGUAUUUGAUUGGUUUUUCUCAAAAUCUUCAGAUAAAAAAGACUUAUUUAUUGAUUUAAUUAUGAAUAAUAAUGGAUGUAGCAUUUUAUUACAAAUUAUUAAAUAUUUCAGAGAAAAUGAAAAAAGACUUGAUCAAAUAAAUGAUGUAUUUGUUAAAAUCCUGGCUAAACUUGUAAAUCAAAUUAAGAUUAUUCUUGAAAUGUUUAUUGAAUUAACUAAAUUGUAUAAUAAGAUUAAAAAAUUGGGAUUAUUUAUUGGUUUACAUCUGUAUGAAGAUGGAUAUGUAUUUGGUGAACCUGAAGAAAAUAUUAAAUUGAAACUACCAACAAAUUUAGAAAAGUUAAUCUUAACUGGUGAUUUGAAAAUUUCAGAUUUUGUUCAAUUACCAAUGACAAUAAAUUGUAUUGGGUUAUAUAACAUUGAAUCAAUCAACUACAGUAAAUUCAAUUUGAUUAAGAAUUUAAAUACUUUACACAUUAAUAAAUCCAGAAUCGAUAUGAUUGGAAGAUUAGAAAAUUUCCCAAUUGGAUUUUUAGAAUUAAAAGAUAUCAAAUUUGAUUCAUCAAUUAUUGUUAAUUUCAAUUUUGAAAGAUUUCAGAAUUUAGUUUCAUUAAGUUUAUCGAAUUUAUCAUUUUCCCAAUCCAGAAAAUUACAAUUUCCAAAUAAUUUGAAGAAGUUAGAAUUCAUUGAUUGUUCAUUAUCUUCUCAUAUCCCACCAUUUCCUGACACAUUAAGAUUAUUAGCUAUGAUUAAAAGUAAAUGGAUGCCAAAAAGAAAUUGUAACUUGGCUAAAUUACAAAGAUUGAAAUUGAUACAAAUCGAAGUCAAAGAUUUAACUGAAAAAUUUACUUUUUUAAAAAACUUAACAAGAUUAGAAAUUAACAAUUGUGAUUACAAUAAGGAUCAUGUUUUGAGAUUACCAAAGAAUUUGAAAUUUCUUAAAUUGUCAAAUAUUGCAUUGAAAGAUAUUGAUUUGCAUAGUUUAUCAAAGUUGGAAAUUUUAAGUUUAGAAAAAAAUGAAAUUGAUCAAUUACCAUUACAAAUGAAUCUUAAAAGUGUUAGAGUUAUUGAAAAUAAAUUAAAUGGAUUUAUAAAGUUUGAAUUAUAUCCUAUUAAAGAAAUGAAUAUCGAAUCCAAUGAAGAUAUCACCGGUGUUUCAUUAAACGAAGCAACAAGAUUUUUUAAUUGUUCAAAUACCAAAAUUCAAACAAUUAUCGGAAAUGGAUUGUCGAAAUUGAUUUUAAAUGGAUGUAAUAAAAUUGAUUGGACAUAUUUCAAAAUUCCAAGUUCAUUAGUUUACUUAUCAUUACAGAAUUGUAAUUUAACAAAAUUUGAAUCACAAGAACAUGCUAAUAAUUUAAAAUAUUUAGAUUUAUCAAAUAAUCAUCUUGGAAAUAUUGAAUUAUCGAAAUUUCGUUCACUUCAGGAUUUACAAUUAUCAAAUAAUAAUCUUACAAAUUUAUCAUCAGGUUACUUCCCACUCUCAAUAAAAUCAAUCAAUGCAUCAGAUAAUUUAGUAUCUUCAGUUCAAGUUAAAGAAUGUUCAAAAUUGAUUUGGUUCGAUUUAACAAGUAAUAAUCUUGUUGAUUUUACAAAAUUGGAAUUUCCAAAUUUUAUAUCAACUUUGAUUGUCACGUCAAAUAAUUUUAAUGAAAUCAAUCAAGUUCCUGAAUCAUUAAUCCAUUUAGAAUUAAAUUCAUGUAAGAUUAAAAAAGUUAAUUUAGAUUUGAAUGUUAAUAAGAGUUUAAUGCAAUUAUGUUUAAAUAAUAAUAAAUUACAAUUUGACAACUUUAAACUUUCAAUUAGUAAAGAAUCCAAUUUAAAAUAUUUGGAUUUAAGUUUAAAUUAUUUUAAGAAAUUUGAUUUUGGUAUAUUUGAAAAUGAUGAUAUUGAAAUUAAUGAAAUCAAUUUAGCUGGUAAUUUAUUAAAAGAAGUUCCUGAUAAAAUGCCAGAAAACAUCUUGUCUGCAAUUAUAUUCAAAGCUGAAUAG